GGUUUAUGAGCAAACUCAUCAACUCCUCUCCUUGCAAAAAUCAAAUUAAGAUUUCUCUGUUUCUCAAGUCCUUUGAAUUCUUUUCUUCCUUCUUUGAUCACUUCAAUAUACAUAAACCAUGGGUUUUCGAUUACCUCGAAUUGCUAGCACAAAGACAUCAGAUAUCCCAAAAGGCUACUUUGCAGUCUAUGUUGGAGAGAGCCAGAAGAAACGAUUUGUGGUUCCAAUAUCAUAUUUGAACCAACCUUUGUUUCAGGAUUUGCUGAGUCAAGCUGAAGCAGAAUUUGGAUACCAUCAUCCAAUGGGCGGUAUCACAAUUCCUUGCAGUGAAGACACCUUCAUUGAUCUCACUUCCCGCUUAAGUGUGUGAGUAAACACUAAUGAAGCGGAUCUUGGAUCCAAAACAUCCUCAUUUUGAAACUCACUGCUGCGUCAAGAUGAAGAAGAGGCUUCAGUUGAUAUUUGAUCAUCCACUGAAUCAAAUCACUCUUGUGUUGAGGGGAAACCGGCCUGCUGUAUUCUUGAAGCUACUUCUGAGCUGAAGAAAGAUUUCCAAAUUUUGAAGAAGAAUCAAAUCACAUCUUAUGAAGCAGGCAAAUAUGAACAUUGUAUAUACUCUCUAAGCAAUCAGUCUAAAGUCCAUGAGACUCCAAAUUUUGAACUCAAUGACAGUCAAGUGCUGUCUUUUUGAUCCCAUGUAAAACUUUCUUGUUCUCUACAAUAUAUGGGAAUGUAAAAGAAUAUAUUUCAAUUGAGGAUAAACUUUCUUGUCUUAUUUUUCAUUA